AUGAGCGCGUACAAAUCCACCCUUGGCAAGUCCGUCCCAGCCGCGGCCCAAAGCGCGGCAUUCCGGAACGCGGAGCCAAACACCAACCCGUACCCGGCGCUUUUCGUGUCCCACGGCGGGCCCACGUUUAUGUACGAGGAUGAUGAUUUCGGCAACAAGGGAGCGUGGAGGGCGGUGCGCAAGUUGGGCUCCACUAUCAAGAACGACUGGCGGCCGGACUACAUCCUUGUUGUUUCCGCGCACUGGCAGCUGGGCGGGCUGAACUUGAUAGAGGUUGCCGUGCCUCCUAAAAACCCCUUGAUCUACGAUUUCUACGGGUUUCCGGAUCACAUGUACAAGGAGCAGUUCCGCACCUGGAACUCGCAGGUCGUGGCGCGCCUGGUCCAGGAGAACCUCGAGCAGAAGGGGUUCCACGCCAGAUUGACCGAGCGUGGCCUUGACCAUGGCGUGUGGGUGCCAUUGAAAGUUGCGUUUCCGCAAGGCCCGGGGGACGACGACAUGGCGUUGCCGCACACACCUUUGAUCCAGGUCUCGCUCACAGGCAGGGAGGGCGAUUUCGAGACACACGCGCGCUUGGGCGAGGUGCUCAGCCACUUCCAGAACAACCUCAUCUGGGACCCCGUCCAGAACCGUCACUUGAAGGGCUUGGUCAUCUGCUCCGGCAUGUCUGUGCACAACUUGCGGGACCUCGGCCGGGCCGUGCACUCGGGCCAGCGGGCGUUGCCAUACGUGGGCGAGUUCAGCAGGCUUGUGUCACAGGCGUUGCAGCAGGGCCCUGACACUUUGCCGCUGCUCGAGAAGUUGAAGACCGAGCACAGCUCGCUCCUCCGCGCGGCGCACCCCACGCUCGAGCACUUUGUGCCGCUCGUGGUGGCGGCAGGCAUCAACAGGGCCAGCGGGAAUCGGAAGGUGACGGAGUUGUACAGUGACAACCAGCUCAGCUUGGCGUGGGGCACGUACCAGUUUGGCGAAUACUCCGCGCAGAUCUAG